GUAACAAAGUGCCAAACUUUGACGACUUCUUGACCGCGUGCCACGGAAAGCCCCUCGUCCUUGAACCUGAAACCUGCGCAAGUUUUGGCGACGCUCAACAGCUGUAGUAACUCCAAACUUUUAUUGUUUCAAUGAGCUGGAUGUAACGACGGCUCGCCUCCCCGGCGUUGGGCGCUCUCUUCUGGUCGGCGUUCUCUUCGUAGCAGCAGAAAAUGGACCCGAUCGCAAACCUUGGCCGCAAUGCCUACCACGCCCUAUGCUUGGCUUUUGCGGCUCAGAAUAAAGACAAGCUCUACGCGCCGGAGACCGACGUGUUGCUAGAGGAGGCGAGGGAACUACUCGGCAUCUCUGAAGAGGACGAUGAGACAAUCCGGGCGCAGAUUGAGAAGGACCCUCAGGUGGUUGCACUCAGGCAAGGGCAGCUGCCGCCCGGGGGAGCGCGGUUGCCUGGCGCAGCGCCCGCUGCCAGGACGUCCAUGCCGCCGCCGGUGACGCCGGCGGCUGGGCUGGGCGGCGCUGGUGCGUACGACCCCUCGCCCUUCUCCGCGCCCAGCCACCAGAGUAGCGCGAUGCAGAAGAUGAAUAGCAAGAAGAAGAAGGCGGAGGACAGCGUGGUGGUGGUGCCGCCGCCCCCGCCGCCUGCAGGCGGCCAGACGUCGUACGUGGGCCGCAUGCUGAAGCGCCUGUUCCCCGACCUGUCGCCGCCCUGGGUCACCGGCACCAUCGUACAAUACAACCCCGGCAACGGCCUGCACCUGAUCCAGUACGGGCCGCCGCUGCGCAAGGAGCUGUGGGACAAGGUGGAGGAGUUCGCGCCGCAGAACGUGCAGUGGAUCGAAGCCGCCGCGGCGGCGCCACCCGCGCCGCCGCCGCCGGCCAGCAAGGCGGGCGGGUCAUCCAAAGCAGGCAGCAGCUCCAAAGCCGCCUCAAAGGCGCCAACGCCAAAGGCGCCGAUCGCUCCCAAGGCCCCGCCACCGCCGCCGCCUCCUGCAGCGGCACCGGCCGUGCAGCUGCCGCUGUUGGCGCUGCCAGGAGGUCCUUCCACAUUGGCCGGAAGCGGCAUGAGCCUUGGCGUAGUGCCGUACAACGACGCCUGGCUGCGGGGCACACUGCCCAAGAGCAAAGUGGAGGACCUGGCGUCCAUGUCUUCCGCCAUUGACGGGCGCGAGGCGGCCGUGGUGCGCGAGGUGCUGGCGCUGCUGGACGACCCGGCGGACGUGGCCGAGAUCACGCGGCUGCUGGAGCAAUCGCAACAGCUGGGCAAGCGGGAGCAGCAGCUGCGCGCGGAGCUGCACGAGCUGGGCGUGGUGGCGUGAGGGGGGGAGGAGGAGCGGGCUGGGGAGGGAGGAGCUGACUGCGGCCGCGGCCGAGAUGCUGAUCGCGUCUAUGGCCCUGUUGGUGCGGGUGGCGGGUGCGGGCUACGCAACGCGAGGACGCGGGGCAGCCUCGCGACAGGGUACCGUAGUUGCCAACUGACGGCCUGAGGACCAUGGCUGUGGCGAAGAAGCACGGCGAGUGGCAACGAUACGGGUUCGAUGGGAGGUGGGGGCCAGUGGGAGCCGAGUGGAGGAGGGGUAGCGGCGGCCCAAGGACUGUCGGUCGGCCUGGACCAGUUUUUUUUGGACGUGCGGUUUAAUGGUGUUUGAGUCUUACAGGUAGUCUUGGAGUGGAUGCGCAGAGCGCUCGGGAAGCCGACAGGACGUGUAAGCCCUCGAGGGU